AACAGACUUUGUGUUAAUGAGUCAUGCUGGUCUAACAUGUUGUUCUAGCUAGGGCUGGGGGUAAACGAUUAUUUUUAAAACGAUUAUUCUGACGAUUAUUUUAUCGAAUAGUCGACUAUUCUAAUGACUAUUUAUACAAUUAAUCUAAUGAUUAUUUUUCUAUUGCACAGUUAAUAAAAACCAAAAAAUCUCUAAUAAAUUCCUCAAAAAAAUUGAUUAAUUGUUACUGUAAGAGAAUAAACACUACAGGCCUCCCAUUUUGUAUAACACUGCUUUUAUUGUGUUGGUUGGUUAUGUUCUGGUGACGUGUAGAACUUGGGAGUGCAGGCUGCUGCCUGAGAGGUGGUUGGAGACGGAGUGUCUCCAUGCUGCUUCGUCUUGGUCACUUAUGUGUGUGAGGCGAGUGGUGUUACGACUCUUCCUGGGGAGUUUGGCUCGUGUGCAAAAAGGAAGGGACAAUAAUAUGGGAUUUAAAAGUUAAAAUGAUGAUCGGGUUUAUUUACAACUACAAAAAACCAAAUCUUUCCAUCCACAGGUUGGGAGUAAUAAAACUAAUUCUGCCUGUGGGGAAUUAAAACAAAAGUACAGAUAACUAGGGAUGUCCCACUGUGCAAAGAUUACUGGGUUUUGGACCAAAAUAAGAAUCUCCAAAGGUCCAAACUCUAAACUGGGCGGUUAAACCAACCUCAAGGUGAUAUUUUAAACUAAACCGAAAACCCAAAACACUCUAAAUGUAACAAAAGGGAGAUUUUAUUACAUUUAGACAUUUAUUAAUUUGUACCACAAAUUAUUAUUUUUUAUAUGUGUUCAACAUGUUUAAAUAUCGCUUGUUUAAUUAACCAACAUUUCUAGUGUACAGCGCCUUGUUUGGUUGUAAUGCCUUGUGAAUGCGCUUUAUAAAUAAAAUUGGAUUGGAUUGGAUUGUAAAAAGAUGAACUCUAAACCAAAACGUAAUAGCUUAUCCAAACGCAAGAAGCUGUUAGCGAAAAUGCUAACAGUAGCUUUACCAACGUCAAGUUACCAAGUUUAAAUAAACCAAAAACACCCAGCAGCAAACAGACCAGCUCGGAGGAGAGACUGCUACCACCAAAACAGCUCUCCUAAUGUCUGAAAGAAGCUCCUUUAUGAAGGGAGAAACGCUCCCGGUGAUUUUCUACAUCUGCUAUAGAGACGGAGCAGCGCAUCUGACCCCGGAAGUUGUUGUCCGUUGCCGGGAAACGAAGGCGGGCAAAACAGGAAAGGAACCUAGUAGCGGAUGGACGUUGUUCCGGGUCUUCGGUAUUUGGCUGAGAUGUUAGUGAAGGCGGAGAAGAGGGCGAACUAGAGGAAAAACAGGCAGAUUCCUCCUCUAUUUACAAACUCCUGGGGAUGCAACAAGUGGGCGCGGUGCGUCGACUACCGGAUCUGACGUCGACGAAUUUUUAGAAUCGAGCCGUCGACGUCAUCGAAGCUUCGCUACAGCCCUAGUUCUAGCGGUCUAAAAGGUCUUAAAUGUAACUUUCUGAAACCUACAGUAAGCCUUUGUAAUGCAGUAAUGAAAUUAGACUUUGUUGUCUUUAACAGAUCUAUCACAUUACCUUUGCUGAUGUUUGAAGAUGCUAAAUGGGGAAUCUGGUUUUGUAAACAUUUACAGACUUCUCCCUUGAGCCGUGAAAGCUGUGACUUGUGGUCCAUAUUCUUUAGAUGUUGAGGUGAGGGUUACAUGUAUUCUUAAACUGAUGGAGACAUGAUGCACCACGUCUUCAUCUGGUCAUAUGAUUUCCCGGGAUGUCCAGAUGACACGAUCAGCCUUGUAAGUUCUUUUACCAAACCUCACGUGAGAGUUUGUGAUGUCUACAAACUGAAUGUACAAAGAAAUGAACUAAAAAUCGUUUCAAUAAUCUCUUGUCUCCAGACCUUGCCCUACACUGAAUGUGGCAGAGAAGACGCUGCAGAUGUUGAGACCAUGUCUCCAUGUGGCUGUCUGGAGUCUGGUUCAACCUGCCCACAACUUCUUCUGGUGGCUUAUCUGGGCUGCAGUCAAGUGACGUCAGCCAGGAGUUUGAGUACGAUUCCUCACCUGACAGUGAUCCUCAGGUUGAUUCAGACAUUGAAGACCUUCCAGAGGACGACCCAUUGGGACAGAUAGACACUGCCAUGGAUUCUGCACUAGUGUCAGGGGGUACAACAACAAGGGCUGAAGCACUGCUCAUGGUAAUGAGUCAUGCAGCAAGACAUAACAUAACAGGAACACAACCUGAUGAUGUGUUAAAGCUUAGAAAUGCACUGUUUGGCAAAGAGGUUUUACCCAGAUCCAAAUAUUGGUUCAACAAAGUGUUUAAGAACUCUUCUGACAUGGUGGAAUUUCACUUCUACUGCAAAACCUGCUAAUUAUACAUCGGCAAACAAGAAGACGUAAAAGAAACAAACAGUGUACAAUUUGUAGUGCUCCCAUUGAAAUGAGCACAUUGGACAGUGCAAGCUUUUUCAUAAGCGUACCAAUUACACCUCAAAGACACUGAUGGAAAACAUUGAAAACAGCAUGAACUACAGAUAGCAAAGGCAACAGAAUGAACGUGUUAUCUCUGACAUCUAUGAUGGUGAAAUGUAUCAAAACCAGGUGGCGUUCUGUCAAAUCCGGCCAGUUUGUCAUUUAAUUUUAAUUCUGAUGCUUCACCCGUCUACAAGUCUUCCAAAUUUUCAAUAUGGCCCAUCCAGCUGCAUUUAAAUGAACUCCCUCCCAAACUGAGAUUCCAGAAUGUAAUGCUUGCAGGCCUUUGGUUUGGUGCUCAAGAGCCAGUCAUGCCAAUUUUUCUAAAACCGUUUGCUGAUCAGGCAAAAACACUGGCAUCCAAUGGUGUCCUGGAGAAAAUGUGGAGCUCUGGUGAACAGCAACGUUGUUGGACUCUGUUGUUGUGUGGACUCAAAGGCAAGACCAGCUGUGCAGAACACCACCCGGUUUAAUGGGUAUUCUGGUUGUGGCUUCUGUUUACACCCUGGGACUCUCGUUGAACAACAGGUGAAGUGUACUGCGACUGCCACAGAGUGCCCUGAGAGAGAGGCUAAUAAAGUGAUGGCAGAUAUGGAGCAGGCCGUAGAACAACACCGAAGUGUCAGAGGGGUGAAAGGUCCAUCACCACUCAUAAACAUGCCUUAUUUUGACAUUGUUUGGGGGUUUGUUCCAGACUGUAUGCAUGCCGUCUUGCUUGGUGUCAUCAGACAGCUGACAGAGCUUCUGUUGAAUGGCCGUGAUCAACCCUACUGUAUCGGCAGUCCAAAUACAACGAGGGUGCUAGCAAACAGGAUCAAGGAAGUCAAGCCACCACACCUUAUUACACGACUUCCCAGACCCAUUGCAGAGUUCUGGAAAGCCUCAGAGUGGCGAGCUUGGCUCCUGUUAAACAGUUUGCCAGUCCUGAGUGGGGUGCUUCAGUCACGUUAUGGGAAGCGCCUAUCCCUGCUGGUGUUUGCAGUAUUCCUGCUUUUGAAGGACAAUGUCACAUUCGAAGAGAUCAACAACGCAGAUGAGAUGCUGUUGGAGUUGGUGGCAAGGUUUCAACUCUUGUAUGGAGAAGCAUCUAUGACAUUCAAUGUGCACUUGCUAACGCACCCGUCCAAGUGUGUGGAACUGUGGGGGCCGCUCUGGGCACACUCAGCAUUUGUAUUUGAAAAUGCUGAUGGUGGUCUGUUGAAACUUUUCACGGAACUAAAUGUGUAGCUUUGCAGACUGUAAACAAAUUCGUGUUGCAUAGAACGGUUCUGCUUUUCAGUACAAGGUUUGCAGUUAGUGAGCAAGUAGAGAACUUCUGUUCGGAGCUCACUCCAGACUAAAGUCCUUCACUAGAUAUCAACACACGACUGUUGUGGGUUAGGGUUCCUGAGACAACUGAGGAGGAGAACUGUGCCUUCAUUUCUGCAGAAAAAGUCCCACCAGAGUGUGGUACAGAAGUUGCUGUACUUCUCCAAAAGUUUCAUACACAAGCAUCAUUCCCUUUACCACAAGGGUCCAGAUUUGAGUCACAUAUUAGACGUCUAAGUAGGGGACCUGCUGUGGGUCUGAUUCCAGUAGACCGGUUAGAGCAGAAAUGUCUGGUCCUGAUGACACUUACGUUUGUGACUUUCCAAACCAACAUGAAAGAGACUAGUCUUUGGUUGUGGGUAACCUUUUUCUCUUGUGUGUCACAACUUCUCUUGACCUGUCAUCAGUUCUGGCUGAUUCAGAUUUCUGCCCAGGAGAGUGGACUUUGUGUGCUGUGCCAUGUGUCUGAACUGGCUUUUUGUUUUCCUGGUUUACAGUUCGGAGCAUUCCUCGCUGUACUGGAGAACACCAGGAUGUUGUAUUUGUGGAAGGUCCUCCUUCGGAGGGGACAGGGAAACAACACAAUAUGGGGUUUGAUUU